CGCGGCAAUUGAUUUGGUGACCUUGCUUGCCUCGUGUGAACACUUUUGCUUUGCUAAACAAAUACCCCUUUGUUUCUCCACUAGUAUCAUCAUCAUUACACAAAUCCCCAACUUAUCCACUGGGUAUGUUUCUCAAACUCAAACCUUGUGGUUUUUCUUCUUCUUUUUCUUGCAUGUGCUUUUUUAAGCAUUUCACUAUUUGUUGGCGAGAAUUCCACGAAAAACUGUUCCCCCUUCACUAGUUUUCUCUUGUAUUACAUUCAAGGCCUAAAUAAAGAAACAUUAAUAACCAAAGUUGCAAGAAAGGUUCAUUUAUUAAAUAAUGGACUUUGAGCAUGAAGAGUUCUUUAACCAAGAAUGGAAAGCCGAUGGAAAUUCUGUGACAGAGACAGAGAAAGAGAAUAUUGACAAUUGUUUUGAUUGCCACAUCUGCUUAGAUUUUGCACACGAACCAGUAGUAACCUUAUGUGGCCACCUUUUCUGUUGGUCUUGCAUCUACAAAUGGCUCUUUGUGCAAAGGGCUUCACUUGCACCUGAUGAGCAUCCACAGUGUCCAGUUUGCAAGCAUGAUAUAUCUCACACCAAAAUGGUCCCUCUCUAUGGAAGAGGCCAGACUCUAUCUUCUCGACGCGGCCGCAACAGGAAGGCUACUCUUGAAGAUAUUUCUAUACCACCAAGACCACCUGCUUCAGAGAUUCAAUCUCUACUGGAAACGCGAACAUCACCUCAAAGUGAUCAACAAGAACAAGAGAAUGAUGAUACAUCACAAGUGCAGAAUCUUGAUACCUUAGUGACACCGGUAAUCCCUCGCUAUAUGUUUGGCAACUAUGAAGAUUUACAUCUUAUGGUGGCAAACAAAUCAUUGAACAAAAUUUCUUUUUUUUUCUUUUUAUGCUUUGUCAUGUGUUUGAUUCUUUUCUGAGCUAGCAAUUGAGUUUAUUACACAUUAUUUAAGCUUAAUCUAUUGUUCAAAGUCACUUUCUGGGAAUAUUUUACCUUAUUGCAUAAACAUUUUGUAAUUCAAAGUUUCGUAAAGAGUAAGAUAAACGUCUCCUAGGAAGGAGUGGGCCUAUCCAGGGUCCUGAAUUCAACCAC